AUGUCAAUUUCAGUGGAUAUCUUAGCACCUGCACUAAGAUUUCCAACCAAUUUAAGUAGGUCAGAAAUCAUAAAUUGUACAUCAAUAUCAUUAGGUUUACCAGAAGACCAAUUAGAAUUUAAACUACUUGAUGAAAAACCUGACCAUUUAGUUUGUUUAAUUAAAGAUUCAAGAUUUUCAUUAAAUUUUAUAGAAUCAUUAUAUGAAGAAAAUGUAGCAUUACAAUUUAGAUCAGAGAAAGCAUCAGAAGCAUUAUUAGCAAUACAAGAUACAUAUUUACAAAUUUCAAAACAAUUACAAGAGAAACAAAAAAUCAUUGAACAACAAAUUCAAUCGAUUUCAAUAUUAUCACAAAAAGAGAAACAAUUAACAUUGGAAAGUACUCAAUGGAAAAAUAAAUAUGAAGAAGAACUAUAUAAAAGAAAAAAAAGUGAAAAAAUUUUAGAAAGAAUUAAAAAACCUAAAGUUGAUCCAAUAAUACAAUCUCCAAGAUUUCAAUCACAACCAAUAACACCAUCAUCAUCACCAUCACCUUCACCAUCACCAUCACCACAAAAUAAUAAUAAUAAUAAUAAUAAUAAUAAUAAUAAUAAUAAUAAUAAUAAUAAUAAUAAUAAUAAUAAUAAUAAUAAUAAUAAUAAUAAUAAUAAUAAUAAUAAUAAUAAUAAUAAUAAUAACAUUGAUAAUCAAGCAUAUUAUCAUUAUCAUCAUAUUAAUAAUAGUUGUUAUCAUGAUGCCAAUGGGUACGAUUAUAAUUGUAAUUUCAUGACAAAUUUAGAGACUUGUGACGAUGUUAGUUUCCAUAAUGGCAAUAAUAAUAAUAAUGGUUUUCAAAAUAACUAUAAUAAUAAUAAUGAUAAUUAUCAUUAUGUAAAUAAUGAAUAUAUAAGUAGUUGUAAUAGUAUUAAUAUUACAGUGUCUAAUAAUGAUGAAGAGAUUAUUAGUGGUGACAAUAAUAAUAAUAAUAAUAAUAUUAAUAAUAAUAAUAUUGCGGUAUCUAAAACUGAUGAAGAGGUUAUUAUCAACAAUGAUAAAAAUAAUAAUAAUGUUCAAUCAUUUGAUGAUGAGGUUGGUAGUAAUGCAAGUAUUACUCCAGGUAACCUUUGUUUUAAUAGUGUGAAGGUCACUGAGAUUGAAUCUAAACAAUUAUCUUCAAACUCAUCUUCAUCUUCUUUAAUUUCAAGUCCUCCAAUUUUAUCCUCUGCCCAAUUAAAUGUCAAUAAUAAUAAUAAUAAUAAUAAUAAUAAUAAUAAUAAUAAUAAUAAUAAUAAUAAUAAUAAUAAUAAUAAUAAUAAUAAUAAUAAUAAUAAUAAUAAUAAUAAUAAUAAUAAUAAUAAUAAUAAUAAUAAUAAUAAUAAUAAUAAUAAUAAUAAUAAUAAUAAUAAUAAUAAUAAUAAAAAUAAUAAUAAUAAUAAUAAAAAUAAUAAUAGUAAUAAUGAAAAUAAUAAUAAUGAAAAUAAUAAUGAAAAUAAACCAACAAUGACAAGAUCAGCAUCAACAUCAUUUACAAUUCCAAGUAAAACAACAAAUACACCAAAUAAUAUAUCAGUACCAUCAUUAACAUUAACAAAUUCAAAUAUUUCAUCCUCUUUGAAAAAAGGAAACCUUUUUUCACCAAAACGAACCGAAUCACCCAAUUGUAUAUUAUUUUGUAAAGAUUGUAUUUGUAGUGAAUUUAAAGCUUCACCUUCAAUGGAAUGGAUGUGCACUUGUGGUCAUUUAGGUGUAAAACAUCAAAAUAGUGGUGAUAAAACUAGACGUUUGACAUUAGGUUAA